GGGCGCUGGGCCCGCGAUCCCAGCGAAACUCGGGGUGAGGCCGGCCGAGGAAGGGGCGGGAGGGGACAGAGGGAGCGGGGUCUGAAGGCGAGAGGUUGCAAUUUGGGCAGAUCUUCCAGGGAGACAAUGGGGCUGGCUGCCCGCACUCAACUUAGCGCUCGGCGCUCGCACCUGGGGGUGACAAACAGAUCUCCCCGGGGGAACCUCCCCCGCCCCAGCCCGCGUCUGGGGGUGCAAGGCAAAGUUUCCUGGCUGGCAGCCCGCCAACUUCUUCACUGGGUUCUAAACUUCGGGGGCCGGGCUGGGGGUGGCGGGCGGUGUGGGCCCCGGCUGGGUAUCUGCUGACCGUAAACAAUAGGAAGCGCCCUGGUGGGGUCUGGGAGGCGAACCCAUGUUUUAAGUUUAUGUGGGCUGUUGAUUGCUCUUGGAUUUUUAAAAGGUAUUUUUGUUAUUUUACAACUUGACAAAAAGACUUAGGUAAACAGCAGGCCGGUGGAGCUUAUGAUAAUGGGUUAGCAAUUCACUUGAAAUAGUGCACAUUCAACAUCAACUUAAUUUUGUUUUAUCUAAUAUCUUGCUGUUCAAGUGUCUGGAGUAAUUUUCUUAACCUGACGUUUUAUUUUACACAAGCCUAGUAUCUUAAAAAUUUAUGAUGGCAGACAUUAACACUGCCAAAUGUAAUAGGAACUGUUUUCGGUGGAGGAACAGGAAACAGACAUUAAAGGCCAUUCGGUUUUAAAUUUUAUUUUAUCAUUUAUUUACUUUUGAUUAUGGUAUCUGUAGCCUUCCAUCUCCAAAAGAGAAACAAUACUCCAGGGCUCAAGAUCACGCACAAUCACUCUGGAUAAGGGAUGCUGUAAUUUUUAAUUGAGGUUCUGGAAAAUUAAUUGUGCUUGUUUUCCAGAUGUUGGUGCGAUUGUUGGGUUAAUAAUGGAAUUCAAAGGAGUUCGUUAUUAAAGACAAAAUUACAGUGUAAUCAUCCACUGGUAGAUGCUUAUUACAUUAUUUCUUUCUGGUUAACAAAGUGUCUGCUAUUCCUGGAAAACUUGAAUAACUUCAGGACUCAGAUACACAAAGUUGGGGCUGUGAAGUGCAAACCAUUUUCUUCAUGAAUUUGUCGCUGUAAUUUUCUUAAAUGGUUGGACACUAACAUUCUGAGUGUGUCAGAGUGUGACUGUGAAUAUAUGAACUCACAUGGAACUUUUCUGAGCAGAACCCGAGGUUGACCAUGCAACGGUUGGGGGCGGGGGAAGAUUUCACUUCUGCAAACUGCUUUGUAAAACACAAAACAAAACAAAACAAAAAAAAGCUUGAGGAGGCUUUCCAUUGCUUUUUAGCUUUCCAGGGUUGCCCUUUGCUUGGUGUUCCUGAAGCAGGUAAAUAGGCCAAGUAACAACAUCAACAACCACAGCACACAAAGAUCAGGGAACUCUGGCAGGGUUUUAUGGCUUGUGCUUCCAUCUCGUCCAGAGCCAAAUGACCCCCAUACAUCAAAUUGCAUAGCAGUUCCUAAGACAGAGCCUAUUAUCGUUAAGUUGGAAGGAGAGUUCAAGCCGUGGUCAUGGAGAUGAACGCUGGUUUUUCAGGUUCCUGGUGGGUUUUUUUCUCUAAUCCAUCAUGUUUUAACAGGUAGAAUUUGAUAGUUGCCUGAAUAAUAGCACCUCAGAAAACCCCAGGCAGGAGGGUCUGGGACCUUUUUCUGCAGCGGAGAAGAGGUGGGAGUGGCUUGCUGAGACAUGCCUGAGAACUAGGAAAAGGAGAGGAGUAAGGAGUAGAAAGCUGUCCAAGAUCUGAGUUGGGUUUGCUGGAAUGGGUGUUGGUGGUGGUCCCUCCGCACCCAGGAUGUCCCAUCUAAAGUUUCCUCUCUCCCCUUCUCAGCCACAAGGGGCUCAUUUGGAGGCGGCCCACAUCCCUGGAAUUCAGUAGGGUCGAGUAGGGCAAUUACCUGAACAUUUUCUGUGCAUACCUUCCUUUUGGUUCUGGAACAUCAGAAAUGGGGGUGGAUGGGAUAUCACUCCCUGUCGGGGCUCUUUGGCAAAUGCAAGUGGCAAAGUGAGAAUUGGAGGGGGAAAAAAUUGGCGACUCCCCUUUGCCUCCUUGCCCCUUCUCCAAAAUUUCCAGAGGGAGGGGGGCCUGGGGCUCGCUGGAGGAGGGGCCGGAGCAGAGAGGAAGGGACACCCUGAAUUUCUUGGGAAAGAAGGAUCCCAGCUCCGUUCCUCUCCAGCCCACCAGGCCUUUCUUCUCUUGGACUCCAGCUCGCAGCCCUCACUCCCGCUCCUCCUCUCUCCCCGGAAAACCCCCCAACUCCAGACGCAAGUUAAGCAAAUAUUUGUAGUCGCCAGUAAAUUCCAGCGGCUUUUUAUAGCGCGGCUCUCUGCGCCCGGGGCCAAGUCGUGCAGCUAAAUAUUGCUGACCACUUUUUCUUUUAUGGCUUUCAUGUCACUUAGCUAUUGAGAGUAAGAUGGAUCUGCGCGGAGCCUCACCGCGCGCUUCUCGCCCCCCCCCCCCCCAGGUCUGCGCGGGGCGGCCAUUGGCGGCGGAGCGUCACGUGACCGCGGGGGCGUGCCAAUGUGCGGCCUCACGGGUGUCCAGCCCCCGUCAGAGUGUGUGAUCGGGACCGGGAAGCAACGCGAUGCAAAAAGCGACCUACUACGACAGCUCCGCGAUCUACGGUGGCUACCCCUACCAGGCCGCCAACGGGUUCGCUUACAAUGCCAGCCAGCAGCCCUACUCGGCGUCCGCGGCCCUGGGCGCCGAGGGCGAGUACCACCGGCCCGCCUGUUCGCUCCAAUCACCCGCCAGCGCCGGGGGCCACCCUAAGGCGCACGAGCUGAGCGAGGCCUGUCUGCACACCCUGAGCGGGCCGCCCAGCCAGCCCCCAGGCCUGGGCGAGCCCCCCCUGGCCCCGCCACCGCCCCAGGCUGCGCCCCCUGCCCCCCAGCAGCCUCAGCCACCUCAGCAGCCCCCCGCGCCAGCUCCCGCAGUGCCCCCAGCCCCGUCUUCAGUCUCCCCGCCUCAGAAUGCCAGCAGCAACCCCACCCCUGCCAGUGCGGCCAAGAGCCCCCUACUCAACUCGCCCACCGUGGCCAAACAGAUCUUCCCCUGGAUGAAGGAGUCCCGGCAGAACACAAAGCAGAAAACCAGCGGCUCCAGCUCAGGGGAGAGCUGCGCAGGCGACAAGAGUCCGCCUGGGCAGGCGUCCUCCAAGCGGGCCCGCACGGCCUACACCAGCGCGCAGCUGGUGGAGCUGGAGAAGGAGUUCCACUUCAACCGCUACCUGUGCCGGCCGCGCCGCGUGGAGAUGGCCAACCUGCUGAACCUCACCGAGCGCCAGAUCAAGAUCUGGUUCCAGAACCGGCGCAUGAAGUACAAGAAGGACCAGAAGGGCAAGGGCAUGCUGACGUCAUCGGGGGGCCAGUCCCCCAGCCGCAGCCCCGUGCCCCCGGGCGCUGGCGGCUACCUGAACUCCAUGCAUUCGCUGGUCAACAGUGUCCCCUACGAGCCCCAGUCGCCCCCGCCUUUCUCCAAGCCCCCCCAAGGCACCUACGGGCUGCCCCCUGCCUCCUACCCCGCCCCCCUGCCCAGCUGCGCGCCCCCGCCGCCCCCCCAGAAGCGCUACCCAGCCGCAGGGGCCGGCGCAGGGGGCACACCCGACUAUGACCCGCACGGGCACGGCCUGCAGGGCAGCAGCAGCUAUGGGACCCCACACUUACAGGGAAGCCCCGUCUUCGUGGGGGGCAGCUAUGUGGAGCCCAUGAGCAACUCUGGGCCGGCCCUCUUUGGCCUCACUCACCUCCCCCACGCCGCCUCGGCUGCCAUGGACUACGGGGGCGCCGGGCCGCUGGGCAGCGGCCACCACCACGGGCCUGGGCCGGGGGAGCCGCACCCCACCUACACGGACCUUACCGCCCACCAUCCUUCUCAGGGAAGAAUUCAGGAAGCCCCCAAGCUCACCCACCUGUGAUGGUGGCCUCGGGGCUGCGCGCCAGGAGAGUCCCCCCCCCCCCACCCCACCCCUUUCUUCUUCGUUGGCUUUUUUUUUGUUUUGUCUUAAGGUUCUCCCUGCACCUCCCUUUUCUCUCUCCUCCGCCCCCUUCCACACCCCCCCCCCGUUUUGUUUUUUUUGGUAAUGCGUUUUUAUAGUUUAUGUGACGUAGCAAUCUUGGUUGCUGGAAUGGCUGUCAGUAUCAGUAGCGAUAUUUAUCUCCUCCCGCCCCAGCUCUGCCGCUGGCCUGCACCCUUCACCUUCUCUUCUCUUUGAUCAGAAACAGGGUAUAUGAACAAAUUUCCUAGCCGAGUUCUUCAAUGUGAAUUUGUUCGUACAUUAUGGCUCCCGAGGGGAAGCGAUUACUUUUUUUUUUUUUAAUUUUAGUCUUUUUUUUUAAUUGCACUUCUUGUAAAGAGCG